AUGGGUAGAUCACCGUGCUGUGAGAAAUUGGGUUUGAAGAAAGGACCUUGGACACCAGAAGAAGAUCAGAAACUUUUGGCUUAUAUUGAAGAACAUGGCCAUGGAAGUUGGCGUUCAUUGCCUGAGAAAGCUGGUCUCCAUCGAUGCGGGAAAAGUUGCAGACUCAGAUGGACUAACUACCUAAGACCAGACAUCAAAAGAGGCAAAUUCAACUUGCAAGAAGAACAAACCAUAAUUCAACUCCAUGCUCUCUUAGGAAACAGGUGGUCAGCGAUUGCGACUCAUUUGCCAAAGAGAACAGACAAUGAGAUCAAGAACUAUUGGAACACGCAUUUGAAGAAACGGUUAGUCAAAAUGGGGAUUGAUCCGGUGACUCAUAAACCCAAAAACGAGACUCCUUUGUCUUCUCUCGGUGUAUCCAAGAACGCAGCCACACUUAGCCACAUGGCUCAGUGGGAAAGUGCUCGCCUUGAAGCUGAAGCAAGGCUAGCUAGAGAAUCAAAGCUUCUUCAUUACCAAUCCAAACCAUCAUCUCAUCAUCAUCAUCAUCAACAUGGGUUCACUCACAAGACACUGUUAACGAAUUGGACAUCAAAAACAAACGAAGAUCAACAACAGCAACAGCAGCUUGAAUCUCCGACAUCUACAGUGUCAUUCUCGGAGAUGAAGGAAUCUAGCGGAAUCUCGACGAAGAUUGCGUUUGUCGGAUCAUCCACGGGUCUGACUCUGAUCAAAGAACCGGAAAACGAUUGGAUCAAUUCGACGAUUCACGAAUUCGAGACUACGCAGAUGGCGGAAGGAAUCGAAGAAGGGUUCACUGAUCUUCUGCUCGGCGGCGAUUCGCUCGGCCGGAGUUUCUCCGCCGAUAAAAACGAGACGGCCGUCGAGAGUAGUGGUGGUGGUGACUGCAAUUACUACGAGGACAACAAGAAUUAUUUGGACAGCAUUUUUAGCUUUGUGGAUCCUUCACCGUCCGAUUCACCGCCAAUGUUCUGA